AUGAACAAUCAACAGCUUCAGGUAGAACUUGACAAUGUACUAUAUGAAUUUCGAGACGGCUUGCAGGAGCUGUCCAAGAAAGAGGACCAUUUAAAGGUGGUUACGAACGAGCACGUACAAGCGACUUUGACAUGGGAGAAUGGAGAAUGGUUGUGGGAAGAACAACAAGAAGAAGAGGUAGAAUUGAAAAAACGUUUUCCUAGUAGUGAGUCUGCGUUGCUGACAAUGUCGCCGUCAUUCCAGCGAUGGUUUCAUGGUCAGCUUGCAAGUCGGCUUUCAAGCUUAGCCCAAUAA